AGCGUAAAGAAUCGCCCCCCGUUCGUUCCUCAUAGAAACCCUAAGUUUGGCGGAGGCGGAGACUGCGGCGGCGGCGGCGAGAAUACCAGACGGCAAGCCUGGUUAGCAAUCUCAAUCAACCAAAAAAGUAAGAGAAGAGAGAUCGAUGGCGGGUGGCGGCGGGGGAGGAGAGGUGAGGACGCCUCGGGAGAUGGAUCGGAAGCUGCAAGUUCCUUCCGAAGCAGAGAUCCUGAGCAUGGAGAUUGCAUCCCUGGCGAACUUGCUCAGGGAGAAGCAGUCUGACAUUCUUCAAUUCGACCCUGAGAUCGCGAGGAAGAUCAUGUCCCUGAGGAGCGAGAUCACGUCCGGAUUCAUAUCCAACUCCGAGCAUGUAUAUUUGCCCCACGGCGGUGAGGACGAGGGUGAGCGCCUAAACUGCUUAUUCAGUCAUAUAUUGCAACGGACGGAUGCCUUGUGCGACGAGAUGGCAUCCAUGGCAUCUAUUCUGGCCAAAAUUAGUGUCCCCGUUAUCUCCUAUUACAAGGUCUUCGAUCAGUUAAACGCCGCGCAGAGGUUAUCUAAGAUCUCCCUGGAUAUACUACAUUCAACCGCGAAUGCAGAUAAAAAGAUGGCUGACCAAAAUGUUGAGGACCAGAGGACCGAGGAGGACAAAAGCAAAUCCAGCACCCACUGUUUUGAGAACCAGGGAACCAAGCAACAUGUGGAUGCAUCGGUAACAGAUCUGACAACGGGCCUUUGUAAAUCAAACAUGGAAACGCCGCAGAUGGCUGCCUACUGUCCUGAUGGCCAGAUGACUGAUGAGGAGGAUGUACAUUUCGUGGCAGCGGAUCCUAUAAGUGGCCUUUGCGACCAGGCGACUGUCCACUCCUACGAGAACCAGAGUAACAAGGAGUACAUGGAGAUGAUUGAUCCCAUGACAGAUAAAGGCCAAUCAAGCACGGAGACGCAUGCGUCGAGGAUGAUGGACGGGGGCAAUUCAAGCAGCGAAGGCAAAUCAAGCAAUGAAGGCCAAUCAAGCACGGAGACACAUACGUCGAGGAUGAUGGAUGAGGGCAAUUCAAGCAAUGAAGGCAAAUCAAGCAAUGAAAGCAAAUCAAGCACAAAGGCAGUGGUGAUGGUGCUGGAUUCCGAUGAGGAGCAUGAAGUGCGGGGUAUGGCAAUGUGAGGAGGAGGAGGACAAGGGGAAGAUGACCCCGGAGGAUUUAGCGAUGGCUGACCAAUUUGAGAAGUUGCUAUUAGAGAUGCAAGCCAACUUUCUCAAAGUCCAGGAGCAGGAUGAUAAGGACACGCCAAACUGGAUCUCUGUCUCACAUCAGGACGAGGCAGAGGAGAUGGAGAUGGAGGACAGGUUGUUUGCUAGACGCCGUAAAGGCUGGGAAUCUGCAUGGGGAGACCGCAGUGACUUCGAAGACAUGACCUUAUUGAGUCCUAUGCACUUUACACAUUGCACGCUGGGACUGAUCCCCUACACUGCUACCACUGUGAGCGCCUUGCAGAUCUACUCUGUCAAGAUUGUUGAAACAAAGGGAAAGUUGAAGUGGCCACUCUAUGUCUACGGGGUCGUCGCUGCCUGAGAUGCCGUAGAUCACAACCGUAACAUUCUCUUCGCUCGGCAAAGGGAUGACUACCAAGAACUCACUCUAGAGGAUCCUUUUUUGCACCUGACUGGCCCAUCUCGUGCGAUUGUGGCUGUGGACAAUGUUGACUUCGAAAUCCAACUCAAAGUAAAGGGCACAACAUGGUCUGGUGACAAAGCAUUGAUCAGUCACUUCCAGACUUACCCUGGUGAUCGUGAAGGUUCAGAUAGAGCGCUCUUUAGCAACUCCUUUUGCACGGUAGAGUUAAGCUUUGAGCGACUUACAGAAACCGUCCAAGCUACUAUCUUGAGUGUCCGUGUUGUUGAAGGGCGGCCAUCACCUUUUGAAUACGGCGGCCGGAUUAUGUGCUCCUCACCACCACAGGAAGUUAAGGACCCCCUAUCCAGGCAUGUUGUGUUGGUUGAUUCUCAUGAAUUUGAUGGAGAAAUGCCAAUGGGCUCAGCUGGUUACGUUGAUCUGUCAAGGCAAGUUGUUUCUGUAGAACUGGGACAUAACCUGCGAUUUGUCAUACAAGCUUACUCACAAUCUGGUGCCAUUGCUAGGCAAAGCUGUCUCACGUUUAGGACCAAAUAUUGCAACAUAAGUCGAGGUAUAUGUGAGAUUGGUGACUCUAAGGUGGAGAUUACUGUUGCUUGGUCCCAGCUUAUCAAGAACAAGAUGGAAAUCCUCUAAGGACAUGUUUGAUUGUUCUUGUGGCUAUGGAGUAGAUCCGGCUUGAUCCCUACUCCAUCUUCGACCGGUACUUCCGCGAGAAGGACGACAAGGGCGUUGGGAAGUGCAAGGGCAGCCGUGGAUGAUCUUCUCCACCAUAGCCAAACAUGCCAAAUUUUGGUAGUCCGAUGGCAUGUUAUAGUAGCUGGACGAUGUAACAUCGUUUACGUAGUUGCAUGGGUUUGCAUGAAUUUGAGAUAUGCUAAUUGAGGUGCCUGGUUGUGGGAUUGGAAAUUUGUCAGACGCGUCCGCGGGCGUUUGAAGGGUCGGAUUUGUCAAGUCUGGCUGUAGAUACUCUUUACAGAUGGUAAAAGUGAUUGAUGCCACCAAUAUAUGGGCACUUUGUUGCUCGAAGCUACAAACCGAAAAAAUGGUGUGUCGUACGUACAUGAUUUUAGA